CCCCGCCCUCCCUUCCCCGAUCCCGGUCCCCGCCGCCCCAGCCGUGCCCCCGCCGCGGGCCGGCGGCGCGGGGAUGGGCGCGGGGCUGUGAGCGGGGCGUGAGCCGUGGCCAUGGGGAACAUCUCCUCCAACAUCUCCGCCUUCCAGUCCCUGCACAUCGUCAUGCUGGGCCUGGACUCGGCGGGCAAGACCACGGUGCUCUACCGGCUGAAGUUCAACGAGUUCGUCAACACCGUGCCCACCAUCGGCUUCAACACCGAGAAGAUCCGGCUGAGCAACGGGACGGCCAAGGGCAUCAGCUGCCACUUCUGGGACGUGGGCGGGCAGGAGAAGCUGCGCCCGCUCUGGAAGUCCUACAGCCGCUGCACCGAUGGCAUCAUCUACGUGGUGGACUCGGUGGACGUGGACCGCCUGGAGGAGGCCAAGACGGAGCUGCACAAGGUGACCAAGUUCGCGGAGAACCAGGGCACCCCGCUGCUCGUCAUCGCCAACAAGCAGGACCUGCCCAAGUCGCUGCCGGUGGCCGAGAUCGAGAAGCAGCUCGCCCUCCACGAGCUGACCCCUUCCACCACGUACCACAUCCAGCCCGCCUGCGCCAUCAUCGGCGAGGGGCUCACGGAGGGCAUGGACAAGCUCUACGAGAUGAUCCUCAAGCGCAGGAAGUCCCUCAAGCAGAAGAAGAAGCGGUAGAAGCCCCGCCGAGGCGGGGAGGGAUGGGGGAGCAGACAAAGGAACCGAGGGGGAGACAGAACCAAAGCGAUUCUUCUGGGGUUUAAUUGUUAUUUCCCCCGCCCCCCUU